AAAGAUACACAUAAAAGGAAGAGGAGAAUAAAAUGUCAAUUAAAAAAAAGUUGUGUGAGAGGAGAAGUGAUGGUGUGAUGCUUUGGAGCUGAAAGGUGGGGCGAGUGUCACUGAAGAAGAAGGAGGAGGAGGAGGAGGAGGAGGAGGUAAUAAUAAUAAAUAUAAAAAAAAAAGAAAGAAAGAAAGGAAAAAAAAAAACCCUGAUGGAGGGUAAAAGAUGUCUGCGUCUCCUGCCACCCACCCGAAAUCGAUUGCGUUACAUCCAGAAAUCUCUCCAGUUUGAAGUAUAAAACGAGGCGCAUGGUGUGGAAUAGUCGAGUGUGUUCUCCAGAGUCGAACAGGAAUAUACACACACUCAUACACACUCACACACACGCAUUCACACACACACUCACACCCACACACUCACACACACACCACCGGCUGCCACCAAGCUGUGCUGAAAAAGCCAUGCAGGCUGAGAAGACAUGGCACAUAUUGUUGAGUGUAAUUCUUUUGCUCAUCACCUCCAGCCAGUGCAUGGACAGCAGGGAAGCGACGCACGGGGACAAGCAAACUCUGCUGGACCUGCUGCUGCGCGUGAUCAGGGACGGCCAGCGGGAAAAGCUCAACACGCGGGAAAAAUCCGCCCACAGCAGGCCCAUAGAGAUCGUCCUGAGAGACAUCAGCAUUAAAGACAGGUUUAUAAAACAUUUCGCAGCAGGACCAGUCAAGUUCCCGUCGGAGUGCGGGAUGCAUUUUCACAGAAUUUACCACAACACGCGGGAGUGCGCGAGACCAGAAUUCUAUAAAAGAUGCGCAAGAUUGCUGAUGAGGCUAGCGAUGAGCCCGCUGUGUGCUCAGCCGUAGCAGAGAAAGUGUAAGAUACUGGAUUUACAGAAGACGGAGCUCUGGGGAACUUGGAGCAAAUUUAUUUUCAGAGGAAGUGCCUUCCAGUCACACCAGUUAGAGCUAGAAAUUAAAAUAUCUUACUGAAAUAAAAAGAAAUAAAAAGAAUAACUCUUUUUUUUUUAAACCAUUAAAUAAUUUGUGUCCAUAUUAAAAAUCCUUCACACUAUAGUUCGCUUUGAAUUUUCUGUGUUAUUUAACACAACAGCCGUUUAUUUAUUUAAAUGAUAUGUAAAUAUGGAGUCCUGAUAAUCAGAUAAUAUAUAUUUAAAAAUGUACGUUUUGUUCUUGAAAUAUAUUGUUUUGUGUCCCACAGAUAGUUUUAUAGAUAUUUCUAUAUCCUUCAUUUUAUCCUCAUGUUUGAUUUUGUGUUUUUGUGAAUAUGAAAGUUGCCUCUUAUUUGUCCGAGUUGUUACGAUGCUGUGGUUCCGGUGAUGGUUAAUGUGGCACUUAUAGAUAUCAUUUCAAAC